CCUGCGCGCAUUAGAUCCAUCCAGUCAUUCUGGUGUUCGCACCGACCCGGAGAAACUGAGACUAUGUUAUUACUCUGAUGGGGACAGUCAGACAAGCCUUUUCUGAGAUAGAACCGACCAUCGAUAUACCGAUACACCGAGACACAAGGACCGCAUCACGGCAUCACUGUCUCCUGAAUGCUCUGUGAACAGAGCUGAUUUUGGAAGAAUUGUGAUCAAGGUAUUUUUUAUUAAUAGAAGGUGUGGUGUGUUUAACCCAUAAUGACCCAAAAUGACUCUGACGUGUGGUUCGAGGAGUCUUCAGGUUCAGGGAUGUCUUCACAUCUUUCCCUGCUGGACCAAUCAGAUCCCACGGCCAUGCCUGAGGCCUCUCCUCUCAACCUAUGGGGGGUGGCACUGUGCGUAUCGGGAACUCUCAUCGUGUCCGAAAAUGCCAUCGUAGUGGCUGCCAUCUUGGCCACGCCUUCUCUCCGCGCUCCUGUCUUCCUACUCCUCGCCAGUCUGGCAUUAGCCGACCUGCUGGCGGGCGUGGCCUUGAUCCUCCACUUCCUCUUCCUGUUUUGUGUGGAGCCCACUGAUUGGUUGGAGCUGAUGACGUCAGGGUUGCUGGCGACAUCCCUGACGGCCUCCCUCCUCAGCCUGAUGGGCGUGGCCCUGGAUCGUUACCUGUCUCUAAGCCAAGCCCUCACCUACGGCUCCCGCCACUCGCGCCGCUGUGCUGCUGGUCUUUUGGGACUCGUCUGGCUGGUGUCGUGUCUGAUCGGCUCGGGGCCGGUGCUGGGGUGGCACUGCCUCAAUGACAUCACAACCUGUUCCGUUGCGCGACCCCUGACCCGGACAUACCUGUCGUUGCUCUGCGGCGGCUUUCUUCUGGUCGUCAUGGUCACGCUGCAGCUGUACACCGGGAUCUGCCGUGUCGCAAGGAGGCACGCCCACGCCAUCGCCACGCAAAGGCACUUCCUGCCUGACGACCAAUCGUAUGCCAGCAAGCACGGGGGCCGGGGGAAGGGACUCUCUCGGCUGUUGUUAGUCCUCGGAGUGUUCGUCAGCUGCUGGACGCCCUUCGCCCUCUACGGUUUGCUGGGUGACGCAUCUAGCUCGCCCCUGUAUACCUACGCUACGCUAGUGCCGGCGGCGGGGAAUUCUCUGCUCAACCCUCUACUGUAUAGCCUGAGGAACAGAGACAUACGACUGGUGCUGCUGCACGCCUGCUGUCCUCACAGACACAACACACACAGGCCCGUUGAUGUGUAGGAGGGAGACACACACACGCACGCACGCACGCACGCACGCACGCACGCACACACACACACACACACACACACACACACACACACACACACACACACACACACACACACACACACACACACACAGCUACAUAGACUGCCCCAUAUAUGUGAAAAACCAA